UGUGACAGAAUCCAUGCAUGCUUCUAUGCGAGUCAUGGACAUAACCCAUCCAGGAUGGUCUGACUGUACUUAAACAGGCCAGCCUGUCAUUUCCACCUGGCCCUAGCUCUGUAACACUUAUUAGGAUAGCAUUAGGCCCACAAGCCCGUGGUGAUACCAUCCACUCUUUAGUACGAAUAAGACACUCUUUUCUGCUCACUCAUAUAUGCAUAUUCCGCUGGCCACCCUGACUAACCGUCACCCGGCCAAACACGUCUUUUUGAGCCCGUUGCGACAUGACACCAGUCUCUUCAUUCCCCUGAAUGACAGCCUCGCCAGCCACUCCAUAAUACGGCAGUCAUCUUUACUCCCAGAAUUUUCCACAAUUUCACAAAAUGUCUCAAUGCCCGACUCAGCCAACGCGUCAGCUGGCAGACUACUUGCCAUAUCAAAGACAACGGGCCCAGGAACAAGCGUCCGUCGUAGGUAGUUUCGAGCAGGCCAACAUCUCGUUGGACACCCGAACCGACCAUCGAUGUCUCACCAAUGGCUCGCCGAAUACGGAUACUCAGUUCACCAUUUCGGACAUGCAACAGCUCAUGCUGCCGUCUGAAACAUUUGAAAUCGCUGGUCUAUCGGCACAAUGCGAUGGAGAUCCAACAGCAGGGCACUCGAGCUACCUGGCGGACCUCAAGGCACCUGAUGCACAACCACGUUUUUUGCCCAUCAAUGAUUUCACGGGCCGAUUGAGCGCAGUCGGUGACCGACUAGAACGAGUCACAGAAGUAGCAAUACAAGAAACGAGCCGCGGUAUAGAGCGAACUGCACGUCUCGAGGCUCAAGUGGAAAGGAUCACGGAUUCCAUCGACGCUUUGCUAUGGGGGACUCUGCCGGGCCGAGAAAGUGUUGGGCAUGGGAACAGAUGAGUACGUACAGGAACGCUCGGAAGGAUGACAAAGUAGUUCAUCGCCUUUCCGUCACCCUUU